UUGGCUGGGAACUGUUUGAACUGCAGUAGAACAAAGACAGAGAGUCCAGUGAUACACACUAAUAAAAGACAUGACAGCGUUAGCGCUACUUGGUUUAUUGUCAUUCCUGACUGAAAUUGUGGCAUUAAGAUCUCCUUUGGACAGGAAUUUACUGGGGCCUCUGAUACAACAGGAUGCUUUGCCUUACUUUGACACUGUCUCCUCGAAAUCAGCCCCGCCCAGACACCGUCGCUCAGCUCAGAUGCCAGAGGUCACACACCUGGAACUGCUGGUCGUGGUAGGCCCUGAUGUGCACAGCGUUCACAGACAGGACACAGAGAAAUAUAUUCUCACUAACCUCAACAUUGCCUCAGAGCUCUUGAGAGAUGUGAGUCUUGGGGCGAAUUUGCGAAUCGACUUGGUCCGUAUGAUCAUCCUUACUGACCCAGAGCCUGAAAUCCAGAUCUCCAACAAUAUUUCCUCUUCGCUGAAGAGUGUGUGUGAAUGGGGUCAAAAAGUCAACCCUUCAGAUGAUGCAGACCCUUUACACGCAGAUCUUCUCCUUUACAUCACCAGAUUUGACCUGGCGCUGCCUGAUGGGAACAAGCUGGUGAGGGGCGUGACCAAACUGGGUGGGGUCUGUUCCAGCCAAUGGAGCUGCAUUAUCACAGAGGACACAGGAUUUGAUCUGGCCAUUACAAUUGCCCAUGAGAUUGGACAUAGUUUCAACAUGAGCCAUGAUGGUGUGGAUAACACAUGCGGCGGCAGUGGGUUUAUAAUGUCUUCAGACGGCGGUUAUAACAGCGUAGACCUCACAUGGUCCCAGUGCAGCAGAACAGAGCUGGAGAACUUUUUCAGCGCAGGUAAAGCUGAUUGUGUAAAGGACCUGCCUGUGCUUGAAGGCUCUCUGCAGGACUGGAAACCAGGUCUUUAUUAUGGGAUAGACGAUCAGUGUCGUAUCGCGUUUGGGAGCACAGCCAGGGCCUGCUCUUUUACCAACAACAACAUGGAAAUAUGUCGUGUGCUCUCCUGCCAUGUUGGCCCAGGGGACCAGAGCUCUUGCAGUCGUCUCUUGGUCCCUUUGCUAGACGGGACAGAAUGUGGUCCAAAUCAGUGGUGUCUGAAGGGGAACUGUGUUUCGCCAUCCAAACUGAGCUCCUCCAUUGUGGUGCAUGGUUCCUGGUCCCAGUGGUCGGAGUUCUCCCCCUGCUCCCGAACCUGCGGAGGGGGCAUCACCUACCGAAAGAGAGAAUGCAACAACCCUAGGCCUGCGUUCGGAGGGACAGAGUGUGUGGGGAAGGACACCGAGGCUGAACUUUGUCACCGACAGAGCUGUGAAAACACCCAGCUGGACUUCAUGGCCCAGCAGUGCUCCAAAACAGACAACCAGCCUCUCUAUCUAUCACCAGACAAAGCAUCAGUUUACUCCUGGAUUCCUGCAGUGGGCUACACUACAGGUGACAUGCAGUGUAAGCUGAUGUGUUUAUCUCGAGAGGAAGACUUCAUGGUGAGUCGCGGUCCACAGUUCACCGACGGGACCAGGUGUGAGCCUGACACAGCGGUUCAGGCUGGAUCGGUCGCUGCCUGUCUGAAUGGGAAGUGUCAGGUAUUCGGAUGUGAUGGCGUGUUGCAUUCUGGGAAGACGGUGGACGUGUGUGGGGUGUGUGGAGGAAACGGUUCCACGUGUCAUCUCACGUCUCAGUCGUACGGCGGCGGCGAGGCCAGAGAAUAUGUCACUUUCUUAACCCUUCCGCUGAAUGCCACGCGGGUCCAUGUCGUAAACAAGAGACCCCUGUUCACACAUCUUGCGGUGCUGAUGGAUGACCAGUAUGUGGUGGCUGGGAGUGGCAGUGUGGCUUCCAACACCACCCAUCCGUCCGUUCUGGAGGACGGCCCCCUGGUGUACCGCCUUUACCUCACCCCCGACCACCUCCCCCACACGGAGGAGCUGCUGCUGCCCGGGCCCGUCGGAGAGAAGACCCUUAUACAGGUCUAUAGAAAAUAUGGGAAAGAGUAUGGGGAGCAGACCAGUCCUCUGAUCUCAUACCAGUACCACACACCAGUGAGCGGUCCUGUGGAAACCAGUCCCCGUGGCAGGUGGUCGACGGUCCAGUCCCCCUGCUCGGUCACCUGUGGGACAGGCAUCCAGAGUAUUGCCCCCGUGUGUGUUGACAUGGUAACUCUGAAGCGUUUGGAGGAGAGUUUAUGUGGCUCUGGCCCCAACACAACCACAGAGCAAAAGCAAUGCCACCAACCUGACUGCCCUCCCAGAUGGGAGGUGGGAGAGUUUGGACUCUGUAGUGCCCCCUGUGGCGGAGGACAGCGGGUGCGUCCUGUCAGGUGUACACAGAUCAAGGGCACGGCGACAGUAGAAGUACCAUUCUCAGAGUGUCCAGACGAUUCCAAACCUGCUGUAGUGUCAAUCUGUAAUCUGCAGCCCUGCCCCGCUAGAUGGCGUGUGUCAGAGCCUGGGGAGUGUUCGGCUGUGUGCGGCCCAGGGGAAGCCAGGCGUUCUGUGGUGUGUGUACGUUCUCAUCGCGGUGUUGAGGUUGAGACAGAACAAAGCCUGUGCUCAGAGCCCAGGCCUCCUGAGAACAUCCCCUGUGUGGUGGAUGUCUGUCCUAUUGGCUGGGAAACACAGCCUCAGAAAACGCACAAGAAGCCAACUGAUGUGAUGACACAUUCCAGAAAGCUUCCAGUGUAUGUCUGGAGCCCGGUGAUUGGUCAGUGCUCGAAGACCUGUGGCAAUGGCUCGAUGCAGAUCCAUUUCUCUUGUGUGGAUCAUGAGUCCAGGCUGGAGGUUCCACAGUCUGAGUGUGAUCCGUCCAGUAAACCAGAGUCUUAUACAGAGUCCUGUAAUCCAUCUCCAUGCCCUGCCACGUGGCGUUUCAUACAAGGUGUGUGCAGCGUGCCCUGCGGUGGAGGGAUGGCUCGACGGGUGCUAUACUGCUCUCAGCAGAUAGGGGGCAGUAACUUUGAGAUGGUAGUGAAGGAUUCUGCGUGCCAGUCAGUUCCUAGACCACCUGUGGUGAUAGACUGCAACACAAAGCCAUGCCCUGCCAGGUGGCUCGUGAAGGGGCGUGGUCCGUGCUCGGUAACCUGUGGGCUCGGGGCAGCCCACAGACUAAUCUCCUGCGUUCAGUUCGAGAGGGGGAAGGAGAGAGAGGUAGAGGAGGAUAAGUGUGAGUUGAGCAGGAGGCCGCCUGUCACCGUGCCCUGCCUGGAGCAGGUCUGCUCCUUCACGUGGGAGAUGGAGCAGUGGAACCAGUGUUCAGUGACCUGCGGUUAUGGAAUCCAGUCCCGGGCUGUGUUCUGUAAAAACCCAACUCGCUCUGAGCCAGUCAGUCCUUUGCUGUGUCUACACGUACCCAAACCUAUCACCGUUCGAGCUUGCCACGGUGGGGACUGCCCCUCUCCACCAACCAAAACCUGGCCUUUCACAAACGCGUCUCUGGGGUAUGUGGAUAAAGAGAGACAGCUGACAGGCACAAGCCAGAGUCCUGAACCGCAGGGCGGAGUGAAAUCCGAGAAACCGCUCGGUACGGAACCGCCGACUACGCCGACCCCAAGGCAAACUGCCACGCCCCGAUAUCACUCGGCUCUGCCGCCCACUGUUCCACAGAUGACCAGCGCAAUGGUUGUGUCGACAACACCUCCACAGACCAACAUCUGUGGAAAACUCCUCCUUCAGGACUCAGGAACCAUAGACCUGAGGAACGUCAAACAGCAGAGGUGCAUCUUCGGUAUUGGUCGACCAGUAGGUGAAGCGAUCCGCAUCCAAGUAGACACCAGCACUCUCGACUGCAGCCGCAAGGAGAGCAUCGCCUUCUACGACAGAUUAAUCUUAGUGAGGUUUUGUGACAGAGUGGAAGGCAGAAUGGUGACCUCGCGGUCUAACGUCCUGCUCAUACGCCAGAGUCGUAUUACCGCCGGAAAAGGAGUGGUUCUGUCUUACCACAGCGUGAAGAAAACCAAGAGGACCCACCAUGAAGGUUGUGACAUUCAGAAAUUCGGCCCUACUGGAAUCAUCGAGAACCCAACCAAGAGCUCGUCCCAGGGGCCCCAGACCUGCAGAGUCUUUAUUGACGCGCCCCCAUCCAUGAAGAUAAGGAUCCGAGCCCUCUCUGUUUUCAACGGCACUGAAGCCCCAUCCACUUAUGUACUAAUUCGGGACGUUGAUGCAUUGAGGUCCACCAUCUUCAAGGGGAACCAGCUGUUCCUCUGGAGUUCGUCUGGGAGCAGGGCGGAAGUGGAGUUUCAUGGGAAAUAUCAACAAAUCAAGGGAACAUUCCGGGCGGAGUAUUCCUUUGUUUAAACAUAAGACAACAACAUCACAAGAUGUUGUAUCUGGGACAUCGAUGAAGUGUCGGAUUCAUAUGGAUUGGACUAAAAUAUGGAUUACGUUUAGUAUGUCUGAAGAACUGCAACCAAAGCUAAUUCCAAUUUGAAGUUUGAUAGUUUAUUACUUCUACACCAGUAUGUGAAUUUUUUUUGUUUUCCAUUACGCUAACCUAACGGUUUGUGUCUUCCUGUUCAGUGUACCAGUAUUUGCUAAUAAUGUAUUUAUCGUGAGGAAUAUAUAAGUAUAUAUCAACAAUGUAUUUCAAUGGGAGUCCUUCAGAUAAUGGGCAAGGCACAGGUUGUCAGACAGAGAAUACAGAAAUCUUAUAGAAAUGUUCAUUUGUUUUACAUAAAAUUCUCAAACAAAAUGUAACCAACAUAAAACAUUAUUAGACAAAAUAGUAAAAUAGUAACAAUCAACAAAUAAUGACAAAAUAAAGA